GCGAUUGGCGGGGAGCGCGGGCUUUCAGCGUGAGGGGGGAAUGGCGGCUGAGGCGAUGGCGCCGCGCUGGUGUUGCCGCCGCCGGCGCUGACGGGUCCGCACCGCCCCGCGGGCUCCGGGAGGAGCCGUCCUGUCCCACCGCGCCGCUCCGGCCUCCCGGAGGAGAUGCGGUAGCGCACGGUGGAUCCAGCUGGCUGUCGCGGCGCCCGGGAGGCGAUGGAGCCGCUCCCCGAGCUCUACUCCAUCUUCCAGGGCGAGGUUGCUGCAGUGACAGACUAUGGGGCCUUUAUCAAAAUCCCAGGCUGCAGGAAGCAAGGCCUGGUGCACAGGACUCACAUGUCCUCCUGCCCCGUGGACAAACCCGCAGAGAUGCUCGACGUGGGGGACAAGGUCUGGGUCAAGCUCAUCGGGAGAGAGAUGAAGGAUGACAAGCUGAAGCUCUCCCUCUCCAUGAAGGUUGUUCACCAAGGCACCGGGAAGGACCUGGACCCCAACAACGUUUCCCUUGACCAGGAUGAGAGGAAGAAACGCAGCUUCAGGGACUACACGAGCCAGAAGAUCACCCUGGAGGCCGUGCUGAACACGGUGUGCAAGAAGUGUGGCUGCAAAGGUCACUUUGCCAAGGAGUGUUUCAUGCAGCCUGGAGGAACCAAAUACAGCCUCAUUCCAGAGGAGGAGGAAGAGGAGGGGGCAGCAGCAGGACAUGAAGGGGACAAAAAGAUCAGCCAGGCUGAGGAGUCUUCAAAAAAGAGGAAGAAGGAGAAGAAGAAGAAGAAGAAGCACAAGGCCAGGCAGUCCUCGGAGUCGGACUCGGCCAGCUCGGCCUCGGACAGCGACGGAGCUCAGCCCUGCAGCAAGAGGCCCAAGCACGCCAGGAAACCCAGCAAGGCUCCCAAGAAGAAGAAGAAGAAGCACAAGAAGUAGCCCUGGGGCGAGCAGGGCAGGCUGGGCUGCUGCUACGGCAUUCCCUGGUGCAGCCAGCAGGGACCAGCAGCUCCUGCUCCCGGGACAAGGAGUUUAUUUCAAAGUAACGUGUGCUGUUACAGGUGUUGACCUGGCUGCGAGCUGUCCUCUGUCACCUUGGGCACAGGCUGCCCCUUUGUCCCACAGCUGCUGCCAGCACGGGCUCAUGACACCCUGCAGGGCACCCCUGCUGUGCCACAGCCUGGGCACUGCCAGGUCCCAGCUCCUGUGACAACGGGGGGACAGCAGCCCUGCAGAGCUCGGGGUGGCACAGCCAGGCCCACAGCGUGCUGGGGACAGGGUUUGGUGGGACCUCAGCCCCCUGGCACAGAGCUCGGGGUGGCACAGCCAGGCCCACAGCGUGCUGGGGACAGGGUUUGGUGGGACCUCAGCCCCCUGGCACAGAGCUCUGGGCUGCAAACCUGCCCCGGCUCCCUCGGUCUCUACAAACACCAGGAGUGGAGGAGCAAGGAGCAAAUGGGGGAGUGCAGAUACUGGGAGUAAACAUGGACUGUGGAGUGUUUGCUGCCUUGGAAAGGGAUGGAAAAUAAAUCCCUGCUCUCUCCAGCU